ACACACACACACACACACAUAUAUAUCCUCUCACAUACACACUCACAGCUGUUGAUACUUGUCUCUCUCUCUCACACACUCUCUGACGAACGCCGGAGCAGCCGAGGAGCAGAGCGCACAGGAAUCUGGGAGAAUCUGCUGCCAGCUCGAUUAAAGAACACCUUUAUGGGAAAUCUGGAUGGACAAGUGAACCGACUGGUUUUCUGAUCACAGCUCGGCUCUCUUACUUUCUGUCGUUCAUAUCCUGCUCUGUGUCUCUCGUCUUUCCUGGCAUUUCUCAGUGCUGGAAUUUGAGCACAGACAGCGGGCAACAGAGAAAAAUAGAGACAUGUGUUUUACCUCAGCCGCCUACUACUACUGCCUGUGCUCUCCCAUUCACUGACUAAGGAGGAAAUACAAGGUGAGAGUCAGAGCGGCAGCCAUAGAGCAAUCGAGUGAGGUGAAGCAAGCAUGAGUGCGGACAGCCAUCAGGGGGUGGUGACGACCCCUCCCCCGGCCACUGGAGGGACUAAGGAGCGCUACUUCGACCGGGUCAACGUCAAUGAUCCGGAGUAUAUCAGGGCCAGGAACAUGUCACCUGACCUGCGGCAGGACUUCAAUGUUCUGGAGCAGAAGAAACGUGUUACACAGAUCUUACAGAGCCCCGCCUUCAAGGAGGAGUUGGAGAGUCUGAUCCAGGAGCAGCAGCGGAAAGGGAACAACCCCACCGGCCUACUGGCCCUCAGACAGAUCGCUGACUUCUUCAUGGCCAGCUCAGUGGCCGGCUUCAACACCUCCCCCCUCAGUCUGGGGAUGGUCACUCCCAUCAACGACAUGUACGGAGUGGAAUCCACCACAAUGGUGAAAGGCGAGAAGCUGACACGCUGUAAACUGGCCAGCCUCUACAGAGUGGUGGACCUGUUCAGCUGGGCCCACUUCGCCAACUCCUACAUUACAGGUCGAGUCAGUAAAGAGCAAGACCACAUUCUUAUCCUCCCCAGAGGACUGUCAUUUGCUGAGGCGUCUGCAUCAAACCUGGUAAAGGUCAACAUCAUCGGGGAUGUGAUCGACCAGGGCACAACCAACUUGAACAUAGACUCAGUGGGUUUCAGCCCCCACGCUGCCAUCUACUCUAUGCGUCCAGACAUCCGCUACAUCAUACAUGUGCACACUCCUGCCACGGCUGCUGUGUCAUCUAUGAAGUGUGGCAUCCUGCCCAUUUCACAGGAGGCAUUGAUCCUGGGUGAUAUCGCCUACUACAACUACCAGGGCAGCUUGGACGACCAGGAGGAGCGCAGAGAGCUGCAGAAGGCCCUGGGACCUACAGCGAAGGUUUUGGUGCUGAGGAAUCACGGUGUGGUUGGUCUUGGGGAGACCAUUGAAGAGGCCUUUCACUACAUCUACAAUACUCAGUAUGCCUGCGAAAUCCAGGUUAAUGCCAUCUCGUGUGCUGGCGGUGUGGACAACCUGAUAGUGUUGGACCAGGAGAAGUACAAAUCAAGAGUCUAUGCCGUGGCCAACACCGAUGUCACCCUAGGUGGCUCAUACAAGUGGAAGGUUGGCGAGCUGGAGUUUGAGUCUCUGAUGAGGAUGCUGGAUAACCUGGGCUACAGGACAGGUCACGCCUACAGGCAUCCUAUCGUGCGAGAGAAGCCAAGGCACAAGAGCGACGUGGAGAUCCCCGCCACAGUCACGGCCUAUAUGUUCGCGGAGGACAUGGACGGUGAUGCCACACGGCUGCCCUUCAAGUUCCUUCAGCAGCGGCAGCAGAGGGAGAAGACACGCUGGCUCAACUCGCCCAACAGCUACACCAAGGUCAGCGUGGAGGGCGGAGAGGAGCGUUACAACAGCAGGACAACCACGUGGAUGAAGGCAGACGAGACGGGAACCCCGAUCCGGAUCGAAGACCCCAAUCAGUUUGUUCCUCUCAACACAGAUCCCAGUGAAGUGCUGCAGAAGAGGAACAAAAUCAGAGAGCAGAACCGGUUUGAUGUGAUGACGUCAGGGCCACGCUCUCAGCACCUUGCAGGCAUCCCUGUUGAUCCACCCCGACGGGAUCAGACGCAGAUAAAAGUUCUGCCAUACGUGCCCACAGAGGAGGAGCAGAUGGCUCCCCUGCCUCCCAACCCUUUCAGUGAGCUGUCAGAGAAGGACAUGGAGGAGUAUCGUAAGAACGUGGAGAGGAGGCAACUGGGUCUCAGUGAUGGAGAGCACGAGCUAACCUCCGACGACGGCUCCACUCUCUCUCAGUCUCUGUCUCUCACCCAGUCCCUCCAAAGCACUCCAGCUAAAGAAGAGAACCACACGGGCCUGAUGAAUGGCAAAGACAACCACGGCGACAUGGAUGAGGAGCUGUCCAAGCGUGUCAGCCAGCUGACCACCAGCGUAGAGAGCGUGGAGAUCACAGUGCGCUCUGGCGAGAAGAUCGAGGAAGCACUGUCCCCCGAGAGCUCGCCCUCCAAGUCACCCAACACCAAGAAGAAGAAGAAGUUCCGCACCCCAUCCUUCCUGAAGAAGAACAAAAAGAAAGAGAAGACGGAGGCCUGAGAGCUGACGGGCAGCAGGGGCAAGGCAGGCAGGAAAACCGUCUGCACAGAAGAAGAAAGAGAGGCAGCAGCCGCCUUUUGUGUUUAAUGUCUGUGUUUUUAUUUUGUCUCUAUUUUCAAUGCCCUUUUUUGUUUUUAAUUUUAUUUGAUUCUUUUUUUUUUAACAAAAAGUUUUAUGUGCAAAAGGCAGAAGAACUGAUAUGCAUUUAAAAAAAAUGAAUUGGUAACACGAAAGAAAAAGGUCAGAAAGAUGAAAAAAGAAAAUUUGGGAUGGGUAUGUGGGUCCAUAAAUUAAAGCUGCAGCACCUGUAGGGCGACUUGGGUGGGUGUCUACAAACAUGAUGACCUGUGCAGUACUCUAACGGGGCUCCUUAGAAGCCAUAAAGUGUCAUUCGAGGCCAUUUCGACCCUGAAUAACUGGCUCCUCCUGUGCUGUUUCCCGUGCUGGAAACAGAACUUGAAACCACCUAGAGUAUUUUUUCCUCAAAAUCCAUUUUUAUUAAAUGAUGGAUUGGAUUGGAUUGGAUUGGAUUGCAACGUUAAGUGUUGUAAAACUGCACAAGUUGAAACUAAACCUUUUCUUUCCUGUCAAGACUCCCCCAGUCUUUUAAAGGUUUUGUUUUUAAAUUCUGGUCACCUGACUCUGCAUAGGGAACUGAGAGGCUGCAUGAAAUUUGAAGUCACACUGGAAAACUGGUCUCAGAAAAACAGCCACAGGGUUUGUGUUGAUUUAGUUACUGUGAGGGAGGUUUUCUUUCUGCCUCUCACACCCUUCAAGCUUCUUUGAGCAAAGGCUUCUGAUGCAAACCUAUACUUCAACUACAAAUGAGGUAAAGGGUCACUAGACUGGACGAGACAGUGAGGAUGAAGGCCGGCGGUCUAUCACAACUAAGUUGACAUUAUCUCAAAGAGCCGCUGACUCACUCAGAAUAUUUAUGUAGCAUUUUCAUAUCUUCUCCUCCUCAUCUCAAUGUUUUGGGUUCUUUUUGUUUUCUUUUCUUUUUUUUCCGCCAAACUAAAUGGAAGAAAAGAAGAAACAAUCUCAUUUUAGUAAAGCGUCACUGUUUGUGUCUAAUUUGUCAUCUCAUGAAAUUUGAUCUUUUUUUUAUUGAACACAAAUUUGGUAUUAGUCAACUCUGUUUUGUACUCAUUUCUAAGCUUUUACAGAGAAUACAGAUGUUACGCAUGUUUUCUCUUUUUGCAAGAACUGAAUUUAUAUGGCUGACUAUGUUCUGUAGUGAUGCCUGAUUGCUCAAAUUAUAUUCUAAUCUUCAGAGUACACAAAUUUACUAUAUAACACAGAUAUAUGAAAACUGGAUAUGUUGGCUAUAGAUUUUUAACUAUAUAUUUUUUAUUUUAUUGUGCUGCACUUUUCUUGUGGUAUAUAACACAUUUUAGCUGCAGGUGGUUUCACCAGUGAAGGAGAUCAUGAAGUAUUUGGCAAAAGUUGUGCAGGUAGCAAGGUAUGGUGUAUCGGGGAAAGGUCAGGACGGAAAAGUCGGACAAAGAAAGAAAGAAAGAAUAGUCUUUCAUUGGUGUCGUACGUGAGGAAUUCAACAACUCAGCAAAAAAAAAAAAAAUAGGAAGUGUAGUGCUGAUAUAUUACGUCAAACUAUCUGCAGUCGCCAGCUGGAAUGAGUCAUGGGUCAUGGAGUUUGGAGUGGUGACAUCUUUCUUUUGGUGUGUUUUGUGUGUGUGUUUAAAGCCAUAUUGUAAUUUUUUUUAAACGAUGAGACAAGGGUUGCAAUUCUCGUUUGCCUGCUCGGGCAUCAAGGACCCUAUCAAGACCUCUGUUAAAUCACCCUGGUGACUGCAUCGACACCCCUCAGGCUCCCAAAACUUUUUUUUUUUUUUUUUCCCAGUAGCUACAGUCACAGCGGCUAUGCUUCCUCACUUAAUUUGCCAUUUAUCUCCUGGAACUGGAACAUUAUAAGGAGGUCAUAUGGACAUUUUAUUUGAUCGCUCUGCGAGCCCCGGUCGUCAUUUCAGCUUCUAAAGCCUCCCCUCAUGUAAUUUCUCUAGCGAACACGAUCACGUUGUAACUGUCAGAUGACCCACAGUUGAACUCUGCAAAGCCAAAGUGUGACGGGUUGCCACAUAUCCUCCCCCCGCAGUUUAACCAGAUGUACCAAUAUCCCAGCUAGCAAUGUGAAGUAUUGGAUUUGGAGAGAGGGAGGGAGGGUUUAGGGGCAUCUUUAGCUGUGUUAAACGAUAGCUUUUGGCUCUGGGCAAAGAGCCGAGAUCACACAACUGAAAGAUGGAGAAGUGAGGUGUGAGUUUGGAAAUGGAAGUGCUUAUGUGUGUGGUAGUAGAAAAGGGCAGGGGGUAAGGACAACCUGACACUAACGCACCAUGUUUUUAUCACUCAGUCUUUUUUCUUUCAUACUAUUUCUCCUCCUGGAAAGUUUGCUUUUUUUCUCCCAUCUUCCAUUUGUAUUGCAGUACGCUUUCUUUUUUUUCUUUUAGUUUGCAGAGAGCGCUAGGCUUUUUUUUUUAUUAACCAUUUAAGAGCAUAAUUUGCUCCCAGAUGAACUGAAUGUGCAUUGCAUCCUUUUUAUUUUCUCCUCUUCUGUUUCCGACUGUUUGCACCUUGCUUUACUAAUGCCUCUCUAUCCACCCUUUUUUUUCUGUUUUUAAAAAAAAUUUGCUUUGGCAUGCCAGAAUGAGCCAAGCUACUUUGUGACCUGUGAAAAUCCUAUAUAAAUGGUUAUCUAAUGGAGUUGCUUUUAGAUGUAUUGCUAAUCAGUGUAAAUUCACAAAAUAAAACUGUAUUUUAAGAAAGAAA